AUGCACCUGGCACGACAAGAUGCCUUGGCGCCGUAUUCUGGGGGCGGAUCUCGGCCUCGAAGUAGGGGUUAUGUGACAGUUCGGGAACCCGCCAAAGGCUUCUUCAUUGCGGGUUCAAGCGUGGAUGAUAUGAACGGCAUCUACGCAGCCGCACGUGCAGAAGGGCUGGGUUUGAGACGGAAAACUCAGAUUGCCUAUCGCAAUGACAGCAGUGGCUGGAUCAUGGCUUUGAUGAAGGCCCCUCCAGAACCCAAGAAGUCAAGGCUCAAGCGGCGACUAGACCGUUCGAGGCUUCCAGCUGGGGUGCUCUCAGAUUCUUCAUCAGACUCAGAUGACUACUCUGAAAGAUUCGAGUGGACAUUUGUCGAUCCCUUGGGGCGAGAACGCUUCGCCCACAAGGGAGACACGAUCAUUCCUGGUGCUGGUUUGCGUUGGUGGCACCUUCACAGGGAACACGUCAGUCAUCAGAAGCUGGGUGAGGUGAAGAGUCUUCCUCAACUAUAUUGGCAUGAGUGCCUGGAGGAUGAUGCAGAUUUUGAGACGGCGGACGAGAAUGAGGAUGAUGAUAAGCCAAGAAUCUCUCAAGAGCCUCCUGCCUCUGAGAUGAAUGCCAUCAUGGAGCCAGUUAAGGAUGACGAGGAUGAACUGCCGUGGCAGGUGAUUGCAGUAUUGGAUCACAGCGUGAUUCGGGACUUGCGCUACAGCUAUCGUCGCUAUGAGAGAACGGUGGCAGCUGCAAGGGCUGGAGCAAACCUGCCGAAACCUGGGCCUCACAGCCUCGAAUUCUGCUGCCAACAGCCUCGCUGCUGGAUUUACCGUGUGGUCGCUCCAGCAGGUGCAGUAGUGCGAGCUCACCCAAGACCCUUUGCCAAGUCUUGCGGUCAGCUGGAUUUGGGCCAAUAUGUGUGCGGUGUGGAGAGGGAUGGAGCGUGGCUUCGUUUGGCCAGAGCCGAUGAAGCUGAUGACGAUGAUGCUCAAUGGGUUUGCGUGCACCGUGAUGGUAAGCCAUUGCUGGAGGCAGUUCGUGAUUCGGACAUGGGCAGUGCCACUGCUCCGCCUGAAGAUCCAUUGGCAGACAAGUUUGAUCGACCUUUUGAGCCGCGAUUGCAAGCACCGGAUUUCCAAGCACCCGAGGAGGGAGAAACAGAGGCGAAAGUCGACAUCAGAGCCUUUGAAGAUCAGGAAGAAGGAGCGGGAAGUCGCAGCCACAAUAAGGACUUGCUUGCUGUGGGGUACCCUUGCAUUUUGCAAGGCCUCUUUGAUUCAAGCAAAAAUGGCAAACCGUGUACUGUUCUAAAGCUGCCAGCUGAAGGCGGUGAUGGCAGAUGUGUGGUGCAGUUGUCGGAGUGUCGCAGCAAACUCGCCGUAAAGCUGCCCAAUCUUCGCCCUUUAAGAGGUGCCGAGGAAACAGAGAUUGAGUACAGUGCCAGGGUGCUAGGUUUGAGCACGCCCUUACUGGGCCUGGGCAAGCAGGAGGACAAUUCACUGCUAAACUCACUAGACCCCACUGAAGUUCUUGCGGCUGCCUUGAGGUCUGCACAGAGAGAUCUUCCAGAGGCUCCCGAUGCAUUACUUGAGUCCCAGCAGGCUUUUGACAAGCUUGCUAGUGCCAUCAAAUCCAAAACUCCAAAUGGAGAAGUUUAUCCUCCGCACGCCUUAGUGGAGCAAGGGCUUUUGGGCCGAAGGGCAGCUGAAGCCGCAAUGAACGCGGCCAAUUGCCAGUCUAUCAAGAUUGCUGAGUCCGGUCUGUCGGCCCUGCGGCAGCUUCUAAAUGAUGAGCACCGGCGCCAGGCUGGAGAGGUCGGCCUUCAGUGGCCCUUGCCAUCGUCCACCUUGGCAAAGCUACCAUGUGAAGGGCCAGAUGCACUGCGUUUGCGCCUCACAUUGGUACGUGCACUCCUGAGGUGCCGGCAGGAGCCGCAAGCGGUGUUGGAAGCUGAGGCAUGUGUUAGACGACAUCCAGGUAAUGCAGCCAGCCUUCUUUAUGCAGGACGUAGCUUGUUGCGUGUCGGCCGCCGUGAGCAGGGCUUGAAAUACCUGUCCACAGCUUUGGAUGCUACAUCGGGCACAGAUCACACCUGGGGGCACCAAGGAGCAUCAAUUCGUGUGCAAUCCUUUGCCGCAGUUGAAAGGUGCAAGCUUGCUGCUGAAGAUGCUUAUGCCUAUGGCGACUUUGCUACGGCUGCGUUGCGCUAUGGAGAUGCAUUGUUGAGCUGCCCCACAGACGACAAGUGGGGCAGGGCUACGCUCCAUGCUGCGCGUGCUGCCUGUCAUCGCCGUGCCCGAGAGUUCCGACAAGCCAUCGAUGAUUGCGACUUGGCCUUGAAUCUUUUUCCAAGAUAUGCUAGAGCACUCUUUCGACGGGCUGCGUGCCUUCUGGAGGCCGGGAGGCCCAAGGAGGCCAUCAAGAGCCUAGAGACCUUGCUUCGGGUCGAUCGCAAGUGGCCCAACCUGUGCGAUUGGCUGGUCCGAGCACAUGCCCAAGCCAAACGCAUGGAGAAAGAUGAUCGAUAUCGCCCUAGUUGGAAGAAGACCGACAAACGAGGACAUGAAGGGCAGCAGAGGGAAAGUUGUGAUGGGGCACCAGAGCUUUCAGGAUCAGACCUGUAUUCCAUUCUUGGUGUGUCAUCCGAUGCCACAGAUCAGCAGCUGAAGCGGGCCUACCGCUUGAUGAGCCUAAAAUAUCAUCCCGACAAGCAAGGUGGAUCGACCCGUGAUUUCCAGAGAAUUGCUCAUGCAUACGAGACACUAUCAGAUCCAGCAAAGCGGCAUGCGUACAAUGAUGGGGCAGAUCUCAAGAAGAAAGAGGACAAAGAGGACAGCGAGUCAGAUCGAGAAGAAAAAUCUUUGAGGGAAGAAGUCGAGCGGAUUCUUGGCAGCAGCAAGUAUUGGCCAUUUGGAGAUCCUUUCAUUGAGAAACGUAAGCUGUACGAGCGGCGCCGUAAGGAAGCCGAGCAGAAGCAGCCUGGUUCCUCACUGCAGCUGGCCCUCGAGGAUGGUACACCUUUGCAGCCGGGGCUGGACCGCGAUACUACCACCAUUACCUAUGGUACUGGAAAGCUAACAGGGGAGUACAUCCAGGACAUGCUGUGCCUGAAACAAGGUUCUGGAGCUGCAUCAAAUCCGGCUUGUUUGAAAGUGGACUUCUUAGGCGUGACUCAGGAGUCUCGCUUUCCCUUCACCGAGCUUCCCUUCGACGGAAUUUUUGGCCUCGGGUUGGGCGGUUUGUCCGCUGGCCCUUCAUUCAACUUUGUGAACCGCUUGGUGGCUGCCAAUGAAGUGAUUGGAAACCCCACGUUCGCAUUCUUCCUCAGAAGUUUGGAUGCUGAUGAAGACAGCGAGAUUACUUUUGGGGGGUAUCGGCGGGAGCGUUUGGAGGGGGCGGUCACAUGGUUGCCCGUGCCAAAAAACGAAGCAGAAGAAAAGGGCUACUGGUUGGUGACAAUGCGGGAUAUCUAUGUUAGAGACAAGCCUCUUCAUUUGUGCGAUGACUUCCGAUCUAAGCCCCGUUGUCAGGUGGCCAUGGACACUGGCACGGCGCUGAUGAUGGGUCCACGCCAUGGCGUGGCUGAACUGAUCCGCCAGCUUGGUGGAUGUCAGUCCAUUCCCUCAAUUCGGUUUGAGCUGGACACAGUCGAUGGAGGCACUUUCAACAUCAUUCUGGACCCCCAGGACUUUGCGGAGGUCAAAGGCUCAGAUUGUGCCUUUGCUUUUCAGCCUGUAGACCUGCCUCCAAACCUGGGCCCGAUGUGGGUUUUCGGACAAACAGCACUCAGGAAGUAUUACACCAUCUACGACGCAAAGAAGUGGUGGGUGGGCAUAGGCUUGGCAAAGCAUACGGCUCAGAAGAGGCAAAGCAGCCUCGUGCAGGAUGGAGAGCCGUCGCAAAAAAAAACCGAGCCGGAGGUGUGCGAGGAUGACAAUAAGAACAUGGUCUGGAACCACUUGCCUGGCUGCAAGUCUUUCGCCUCAAUGGGGUACUGCCAUCGUUUCUCACCGCUGGCUAGAAAGUAUUGCCGCCUUUCCUGCUCGCUUUGUACGGUUGGCAGUGCUUCCAACAGCGAGCAGUUGGUGGGAGAAAAGGAUCUCCAGGAAAGCUCCUCUGCACCCGUAGAGGUCGCUGGUUCUGGAAUGAGCCUCUCCGGGGCUCGCCGAGGCGUUGUGAAAGUGCGAACGCUCAGCCCAGAAGAGUCUUGCCACUUGCCAAGCAGAACGCUGCAAUCCAAGCAGAUCUUAGAGUCUUAG